AUGGGUGUCUUGGGCUGUGGAUUAUGCUUGUGGAGAAAGAAGCAUAAAUAUGGGUUCCAGACUGUGGAGCUCAAAGUUCCUAUGGACUGUCCGGGGUGUGAAACCAAAGUCAAGGACACUGUAUCUUCCAUUAAAGGUGUGGAGUCAGUGGAGGUGAGCAGAGAGGAGAAUAAGAUAACAGUGAUUGGGUAUGUGGAUCGGAACAAGGUGCUGAAGGAGGUGAAAUCAGGAGUGGGGAAUAGUGCAGAAUUCUGGCCGUACGUACCAUACAAUCUGGUGUAUAAUCCAUGUGCCCCAAAGUUUUAUGAUAUGGAGGCCCCUGCAGGCCACGUCCUGAAUGCCGACUAUAGAUAUUUUUCAGAGUCAAAUCGCACCAACGAGAGAUAUACAGCGCUCUUUAGCGAUGAUAAUGCUCAUGCCUGCACGAUUAUGUAG